AUGGCUGCUCAGGGGAAUGUCCAGUCGAUCAAGUGCGUCGUCACAGGUGACGGUGCAGUAGGCAAGACGUGCUUGCUCAUCUCCUACACAACGAAUGCCUUUCCGGGCGAAUACAUCCCCACAGUAUUCGACAACUACUCAGCGAGCGUUACGGUCGACGGCAAGCCGAUUAGCUUGGGACUGUGGGAUACUGCCGGGCAAGAAGACUACGAUAGACUGCGACCGCUGUCAUACCCCCAGACCGACGUCUUCCUCAUCUGUUUCUCGUUGAUCAGCCCGCCGUCGUUCGACAACGUCAAGGCCAAGUGGUACCCGGAAAUUGACCAUCAUGCGCCGAACAUCCCAAUCAUUCUGGUCGGUACGAAGCUCGACAAGAGGGAUGACAGGGAGACGUGCGACAAGCUGGCCGAGCAAAGGAUGGCCCCUAUCUCGUUUGCGAAGGGGGUGGCGUGCGCCCAGGAAAUCGGAGCGUACAAAUACGUCGAGUGUUCGGCCCUUACACAGGUGAAUCUCAAGGCCGUCUUUGACAACGCCAUCAGAGCUGUUCUUGAACCCAAGAAGCAGACGAAGCAGGCAAACAAGCCGAAGUCCAAGUGCACGAUCUUGUAA